GCCAAUAACAAUAACAAUAACAAAAUCAGCUGCAGUUUGUGCCACUGCCACGCAAAAAGUAUCCAAAAAACCAAGCAAAAUUAUCCCAAAAUCGCCGCCCAGCCCAUCGAAGAGCGACCGAAUUGACCAGCAGAGCCACGCCCCCCGUCCGCCGCCGCCGCCCAGCAGAGAGCAGCGAAGAUGUCGUGGCUGAACAGCAGUCUCAGCACGCUGAAGGGCCAGCUUACCAACCUGGCCCAGGAGGUUCUGGCCGAAACGGCCGGGCCCGGCGACCCGGAGUACGAAGGAGCCCAUGGAGCAGGUGCAGGAGGAGUCGGUGGGCAGGAUGAACAGACCAAGACGGCCCUGCAGCUGCUGGCGGAAACGCAGGAGCAAAAGGAGCAGCUGGACAGACGGUGCGAGGAGAAGGAUCGCGAGAUUGCCGCCCUGCGACGCGAGGUGGCCAGAAACAAGCAGGAGUCCAAGCAGGCAGCCAUCACCGGCAGCACAUCUUCGCCCGGGAAAACCCAAUCGCAGAAUGCAGAUCAGAAUGUGGAGGACAGCUGGUGCUGGGAGCCCGAUGGAGGCGACGAGAAGGGGGCCACGGGAUCCGGCGAUUCGGCGAGGACCAAGGAGUCGGAACUCGUGGACAUCGCCCUGGGUAACAGCGAGGUGGCCCGGCUAAACAAUCGCAUUGCGGAGCUGGAGCAGCUCAACACACAACUGAACGCCUCUCUGGAGGAGCUGGACUCGCAGCACGAGCUGGCCAUGCAGGAUGUGCUGCAGCACAAGACCCAGCUGGCGGGUCAGGUGGCGAAUCUCAAGCAAUUGCAAGCGGAUCGUCUGGUCGAGCACGAGUUGGCCAGCGCCAGGCAGCAAAAGCGGCUGGACGAACUGCUUCAGUCGGCCGCGGUGGCCAAGGAGCAGCAGGAGCAACUGCAGCACAAGGUGGAGCUGCAGGAGGCGGAGCUGAAGCGCAGCGUCAUGGAGCUGGCCGAGAUGCAGGAGCUGCUGGACAAACGGGGCCAGGACAAUGCCGAACUCAUCGAACGCGUUCGCCUGGCGGAAACGGAGCGCGACAGGCUGCUCAAGGAGCUGGAGGAAUCUCGGCUGGCCAAGGAGAAGAAGACCUCGGAGUCGUCAUCGAACAGCUCUUCCACCGGCAAGCACAGCGAGGAUGAGUUCAUCGUAGUGCGCCAGGCGGAUGCCACAGGUUCUGGCUCCGCCUCCGGCUCGGAUCCCGAUCCAGACCCCGAGGUCACGGCACCGCCCUCCAAGGAGAAGCUGCGCGAUCGCCUCGUCUCGCUGGAAUCCCAAAUCUCUGAACUGACCCUGACCAACACACAGAUGCAGGAUGCUCAGCUGGAGAAGCAGCUGGGCAUCAACUUGCUGGGCGAACAGCUGGCGGAACUGGAGAAGCGUCUGCGGCUCAGCGAGGCGGAGAAGGAGCAGCUCCAGUUGGAUCUGCAGCUGCGUCUGCAGCAACUGACUGUGCAAAACCAGGAGCUGAAGCUGCAUGCCGAGGCCGAGCAGGAGGGCCAUGCCCAGGACCUCGAGGAGCAGCUGGGCGCCCUGCGCGAGGAGAACCAGCGUUUGCGUCAGGAGCUGGACGCCAGCAUAGCGCAGGCCAAGUUCCGACAGGCCAUUGCCGAGGAGAAGCAGGAGAUCACGGACCUGGACGACACCGACGCGACGGAGUACGGCACCUACGAGCUGGACAAGCUGCGCGCCCUGCUGCAGGCCGAGAUCGAGGACCGUCUGGGCAGCUCGCAGCCCCAGCAGAAACUAGAGCGAGCCUGGAACGCGCUGACCGAGCGCUGGCAUCGCCUGGACAUCGUGGAGCAGCGCCUGGUGGACGUGCAGAACCAACAGCUGGUCAGUGAGCACGAGAAGAAGACGCUCGAGGCGGACAUCUCGCAGUACAUCCUCCAGUGCGACGAGCUGAUGAAGAACAACGAGCUGCUGCUCAACGAACUGGACAAAUACAAGCGCAACAAGCUGGAAACCAUCGAGGAGCACCACGAGGAGACAAUUGUGCAGCUGGAGGCGCAGCUGGAAGAUGCCAGGCACAAAUUGGAGGCUUCUCUGUCCUGCCAACAGCAAAUGGAAACCAAACUGGCGGCCAGCCCAGAAAAGGCUCCCCAGGAAAGCGAGCUGCUGGCCAGAAUGGAGCAGAAGGUGCAGGAGCAGUUGCAGCUGCAGGAACAACUUGCCUCUGCCAAGAAAGAACUGGACGAGAAGACCAAACUGCUGGAGAGGAAGGAGGAGCAGCUGAAUAAGCAACAGCAGCAAAGGCAGGAAGAUCAGGAAAAGCUAGCAGAGCUGGCACAGCUGCGUGAGGCUUUCCGCCGCAGGGAGGAGGAUCUGAAGAGUCUGGAGGAGCAACUAACCUCCAUCAAACAGGAGCUGGAGGAGAAGAGCAGUCAGCUAAAGACCAGCCAAGAGCAGCACAAAAUCCAGUUGGCCAAAAUUCAAAAUCAGCUGCAGGCCGACCAGGAGAGGCUGAGGGAGCAGCUCCAAUUGCAGGACAAGUUGGAGCAGCAGAAGGAGCUGAUGGAGGUGGAUCAGAACCAGCAGCUGACCACCAUCAAGAAGGAGCUGGCCGAGGCAACCAGUCAACUGUUUGAGUGCCAGGAGAAGCUCACCGCAAAGGAAGCGCUGCUGGCCGAGAUUCAACAGCAAUUGUUGGAAGCUAGCGAGGAAAAGUCACAGCUGCAAGAGCAACUCCUCAAUAGGGAGCAGCAAACGGGUCUUAGCUCCCAGCAGGCCAGCCAAUUUCAGGAGCUUCAGGCCCAGCUGCAGGCCAAGGAGCAGGAAAUACAGAAUAAUCAAGCUGAGCUGGCAAAGCUGCAAGAGGCAGUCCAGACCCACGAAGAGCAGCUCCUGGCCAAGCAAGCGGAGCUGCAGGCCAAGGAAGUGCAACUCCAGGAGAAGGACUCACAACUGCAGAGCAACCAGGCAGCCGAUCAAAGCCAGCAGCUCCAGCAGGCAAUCGACGCCUUGGGCCAGGAGAAGAACGAGCUGAUCAAGGCGCUGCAGCAAAAGCACCAGGAGAACACCCAGUACUACGCGGAGAUCCAGCGCCUGCAGCCCUUCGAGCAGCAGCUCAAGGAUCUGGCCAAGGAGCGCGAGAAGCUGCAGGACCAGAUCGGCUUCCUCAAGGAGAAGUCCGACAUACUCACCACGAAUCUGCUGACGGAGCAGACCAACCAGCGGCUCCUGCAGCAACAGCAGGCGGAGGCCCAGGAGCAGCAGGCCAGUGUGCAGCGGGAUCUGGAGAGAUUGCGGGCGCAUCUCCUAGAGGUCGAGGAGCUGCACACCCAGGAAACGGUGGAGCUGCAGCGCGACCUGGAUGAGUCCCGAUCCCGGCAAGCGGUCCUCGAGCAACAGGUGUCCAAGUCCAGCACGGCCUACACCUCAGCCAGCAUUCGAGCCAACCAGCAGGCGGAGACGCUGCAGGCGCAGCACGCCCUGCUCCAGCAGCAGCGGGAUGAGCUGUUGGCCAAACUGGGCCAGUACGAGGAUCGCGAGCUGAAGCAGCAGGCGGCGCUGACCAAUCUCCAGUGUGCCCUGGAGCAGUUCCAAAAUGACAAAGACCACGACAUCGAGAUGGCCACGCAGCGCAUCCGUCGCGAGAUGCAGACCCAGCUGGACCGACAGGGUCAGCUGCAGCAGGAGAUGGGUGCACUGCAGCAGCAGCUGGCGGAGGCCAACCAGGGAUUGAGGGCUGCCGCCCGGCUCUCCGAUCAGCUGGAGGCCGGCCAGCAGACGAUCGCCGUUCUGCGGGAUGAAGUGGAGAGCCUGAAGGAGGCCAACGGCCAGCUGGAGCAGCGGCUGAGCAGCAGCGAGAGCAGCCAGACGGACAAGAUCGACAAGAGCCUGAUCAAGAGCCUGCUCAUCGGCUAUGUGGUCAGCGGACACGCCGGCGACAAGCAGCAGGUGCUGCGCAUGAUCUCCUCCGUGCUGGACUUCAGUGCCCAGGAGGCGGACAAGGUGGGCCUGAACAAGCAGCAGAGCAGCUGGCUGGGCUCCAUCCUGGGCGGUGGCUCCGCCCCAGCGGCGGCUGCAGGCUCCUCGCGUGGCACUGACCUGGUGCAGGCCUUUGUCCAGUUCCUGGAGCAGGAGUCGCAGCCGCUGGCGCAACUGCAGUCGCGACCCUCGCUGCUGAGCAUGUCUGGUCAAAUGGAUGGUUCCACGACCUCCUCCGCCGCCGCCGCCGCCGCCACCACUCUUCCCCUGCCGACGAAUACACCCACUGGGGCGCCACUAGCAAGCCAGCAGGAUGCGGCGGCUCCGGGCACACCGCCGGUGGGUGGUUCACCACAGUCCCUGGCCAUGGCCUCCAACGAAUUCGCACCCUCGCGCAACUCCAGCUCGAUAUUGAAGGACAUCCUCAGCGACUCCUGAUUGUUGUAGAAAUGUCACUUUUCGUUUGUCGUCGCCUGUUUUUUUUAUUGAGUAAUUUUAACGUAUUUUUAUGAAGUUCGUAAACGUGCAAUCGGCGCCUGUAUUCCCGAACGUAUGUCCCAAAACGUAUAUCUCGCUAUUAUAUACCUAUAUAUAUAUAUAUAAAAACCCCAAUGGAUUCCCCGUCUGUACAAUGUCUGUGUGUGUAGCCACUUGUAAAUAUGUAAUAUGCAAUUUGAACAUGUCACCAGGAGAGGCUCCGCCUGCCUGUGGCACGCCUUUACAGCGGCCUUGCUAAAGACUAGCCGCCAAAUAAUAAACAAUUAACUAAUGAAACACUA